AUGGACAUUCAUCGAUCGCGAUUCGUGCCUUACCCGCCAUCUGCAAUUAACGCGCUUGCAUUCUCGCACACAGAGUCUGAACAUGGCCACCAGGAUCCCAAAUCUCUGAGGCUGGCGAUUGGGCGCGCAAAUGGUAACAUAGAGAUAUGGAACCCGGCGAAUGGAGCUUGGCUGCAAGAGAAGGUUUUCCACGGCGGCAAAGAUAGGAGCGUGGAGGGGCUGGCAUGGACACAGGAACCGGAUGAGAAGGAUGCACAGGGAAAGAAAGUCCCAGGUCGACUGCGGUUAUUCAGUAUCGGCUACUCGAGUAGCGUCACAGAGUGGGACCUGGUGACCGGUUUGCCUGCGCGCCAUUCGAAUGGCAAUCACAGCGAGGUCUGGUGUUUCGCAGCGCAACCAAGAGUGAGGGGUGCUGAUGCUGGAUAUACUGCGCAUCAAAAACUCGUGGCUGGCUGCGCUGAUGGGACCAUUGUUCUCCUAUCGACCGAAGACAAUGAUCUCACCUUCGAGCGAUUCGUCUCGCGCGCCACCAACAAGAAGGCGCGUGCCCUCAGUAUUGCAUACAAAGAUCAAGAUAUCGUGCUUGCUGGAUUCGCCGACAGUAUGAUCCGGGUCUUCGACACGAGGAACGGCAACGUGAUCAGGAACAUUUCGCUGGGUAGUGGACCGCCCGGUGGGCCGAAGGAGAUUCUCGUGUGGAAGGUCAAAUGCCUGCCAUCUGGCGACUUCAUCUCUGGUGAUUCCACUGGCGACAUCCGCAUCUACAAUGGCAAGAAUUACAGUCAGACACAAAGAAUCUCUGGCCACGAAGCGGAUGUCUUAGAUCUAGCCGUGUCGCGUGACGGUUCGAGCAUUUUCAGCGCCGGUAUGGACCGCCGCACAUGCUUCUACACCAGCAAGAAGGGUGCUGCUCAAGGACAGGGUGGAAAGUGGCGCAAAGUUUCACACCAAAGACAUCACGAACAUGACGUCAAAGCCAUGGCAACAUACGAGGGCAACAAGCUGAGCGUAGUGGUUUCAGGAGGUAUCGACACCCAGCCGAUUGUGGUUCCACUUCGUCAAUUUGGCAAGGAAUUGAGCCGUGGGCUCCCCGCUCUACCUCCCACGCCACCGCUCGUGAGCGCCCCAGGAGCACGACUCUUGGUCAGCUGGUGGAACACUGAGGUACGGAUAUGGCGAGUGAAGCCUCAGAAUGACGGCACAGAUAAGCCAAAGGUUGUCGCACGACUUGCCUUACAGGGAGAAGAGAACAUUACAUCGGUUUCGAUUUCGCGGGAUGGUGGGCUUCUGGUCGUUGCUACGGCAAGCGAGGUGAAGAUGUUCCAGCUCCUGCACCCACAGGCCGGCGCUGGUGUAGCCCUACGGAUCAGAAAAUUGGAAAUGCCCUCGAUAGGGGGUGCGAACAUUGUCAACGUUGCAGCCAAUGGCAAGUGGGUGGCAGCAGUCACAGCAACAAACGAUGUACAGCUUGUAAGGGUUAUGAGAUCCGACGAUCUCACCGACGCCCCCCGUGCAUUGGACAAGGUUCAGCAUCUCCAACGUCUUCCUCGCUCUGACACAGCACCGAACCCGCUGAAUGGUCCGUCUGGGUCAUAUGAACGAGCAAUCACCCACACCGACUUCACCAGGGAUGGUAAUGUCUUCGCUGCAGUUGACCUUGCUGGUCACGUCGAUACAUGGGUCAUCGAGGGUCAUGAGGACUCUACAGCACCAGAAAUAGACGUUGACGACUCUGCUUUGGCUGCUGAUGACGACAUGGAAACCGAUGAGGAGGCAGACGAGACGAUGGAACGAGUCACCUUUUUGGGUCAGCGCUGGAUUCAGAACCCCUCUGGCCACCUGUUUCCACGACUAGACUCUACGCCAGUUCUCCUAUCAUUCCGACCAGAUUCCAAUGAAUCAGACAAGCCAACACCAAACGGGAACCCUGCCGUUCACGCCACAAGACAAAACCCCCAUCCUCACUCGCACGAUCUUCCUACGUCAGACUACACUCUGCUAUUGGUAUCGGCAGAACACCAGUUCUGUCUGUUUGAUGUCAUGUCUGGCCGCCUAUCGGACUGGUCAAGACGGAACCCACCAUCAAGCUACCCACGCGAAUACAAGCAACUCGACCUCCCCGCCAAAGGCUGCAUAUGGGAUCUUUCCGACUCGCAACAACGCAUAUGGCUUUAUGGCGAGAAGUGGCUCUUCAUGUUCGACCUCUCCAAGGACUUCGCCAUGACAGAUGCCGAGAACGCAAAGAAGCGAAAGCGGGAAGCCGCAAAGCACAACAGUGGCGCCGGCGAUGCAGUCCCGCAAACAGAGGCCCCAGUAACAAAGAUGCGCAAGUUCCAGGGCACACCGGCUGACGAAUCGGCUCCGUCGAAAUGGGUAGAUGUUAAUGCCAUUGGCGCUACCACCAUCGUCGACGACGAUGACAACAACGAUAACGAGGAAGGCGCAGGCCAGCCAUUAGCAACACUCCGCCGAACCUCCACAACCAACAGUCAACACGCCGACGCCGACGCACCCACAGACGGCGGCGAAGUCGCAGACGCGCCAGACUCACGGAAGCAGCCCUGGUGGCAUACCUUCAAGUACCGCCCCAUACUGGGCAUCGUCCCCAUUGGCGACGACGACGCUUCUCACACCCCAGAAGUGGUCUUGGUUGAACGGCCUUCGUGGGAUCUAGACCUCCCGCCCCGGUUUGUGGGUAUGCAUGAGGAGUAG